UGUAGCUAAUUAAGCAUGAUGGCAGCCAAGUUUCUAAGUACUUUCCUUUUUCCAUAACUUCACUUCAGUGACACAUGCCGGAUCUCACGGCGUCUAUAACCUCGGCCUUAUAUCUGGACGAUACCGCCGAAUCAAUUAUCUCUCGCUUGAACGCACAUCAGCACCCUUCAGUUUAUCCUUACGUGCGGUGGGUAUUGAUUGCUUGCAGCAUUUUUUACCUUCUGGUGAUCAUCUUAUGCGUGACAAUAUUGGCUAUUCCUACGCUCGGAGGGCGAGCUGCCCGUCGCAGGCAUCUGUGGCUAUGGCGUCGGCACUAUGUGGGGGAUCUGGGCCCCUACUUGAUACCUAAUGGUGGACUUCUUCUGAUUAUUUGUCAGCUUUUGGGGAGCAUUUCAUCGGAAAUAUAUAUCUUCUUCUCCUAUCAGGCCAUCCAAUCGCCCAUCCCGUCGCGGAGUAAUCAUCAGAACUUCUGGCUUGCCAUUAGUUAUGCCCCGGGGUAUUUUGGGUAUUGGUCCUCUGGCUUCACCGCCUUAUAUCUAUGCUUAUUCUCUCCCGGCCGGCCCCUUGUGAAUCAUCAGUUGGUGACAAGUUUUCUGCCACAUCCGAUCUUCAUGAACUCGAUUUGCAUCGGCGUCCCUAUAUUCGUGGCUCUGGGAGCACUAACUUGGGGUAUCACGUCUGUCGUGUCGGUUCGCCAGAAGGAUGAUGCGUAUGCUGCAGCGCUGGCCCAAUUAACGUCAGGAAUGGAUCCGACCAAGAGCUUGCAGCAGUACGCGGAAGCGGGCCAACGAUGCAUCAGUCGGUUUCGCUGGGGCGCAUUGUAUUGGUCAAUUGCUGCUCUGAUUGCUGUAAUGUUUUACUGCUUCACCGGCUUCCUCUUCCUGCGGUAUUUGAAAGGCACUGUAAAUGUUGCAACGGGGAAGACAAAGCUUUGGAAAGAAGUGGACGAGGCAUUCGAUGUGGAUGACAAGCCCGCCGUCUUCAUUCCGCCAUCAGCCUCUGAAAAUUCACGCAUUGCCGAAUCGCUUCUGAAGGGAUAUCGUUUCCUACUAUGGCAAUUUGGUCUUCUCAUCCUUGUGCUGAUAUGGGAUUUGAUGGUCGGGGUUUUUUUGACGUUGAAGAUUGGAGAAAUAGAUGAAAAUGAGGCGUGGAGGUCGACCUUAGUAUGGGUGGUAGUGUCAAGCUCUUACCUCAUGACUGGCGCUUUAUUUCUCAACAGUUGGAAAGCACUGACCACUCGGGACGAAUUGCCUGAACCAUCACUUGUACCCCUGAAGAUCGCCAAGCCUGAUCUCGAUCAGAUAUCGGAAUGCCUGUUUUCUCCGAUUCGCUCUUCCAGCAGUGAAAGCGAGACAUCUACCAGGAAGGUCAUCACUCGAUACCACUUCCCGGAAGAGCAUUCUCGCAUCCCCUUGCAAAAGGUUUACACAACUUAAUUGAUUCAGUCACUCUUUUGGAGUGGUCCCGCUGUUUUCUGAUAUUGCCGUGUACAUAAUUAACUUAUUUGAGAAACAAUAAUUUACUUCAAUUCAUAUGUUUCUUCAAUACUCUGUUGGGACACUC